AUGGAAAGUGAUGAAGAUUUAUUGCGAAAACUUGCUAAGCAUAAUUUUAUCGGUAAAAUUCGAAGAAAAGUGAAUUUUUUCGUUCCUGGUACAAGAGAGUGGUUGUUAGAGAAAGUUAACGAGUGGUUUCAAAUGUGCGACAGCGAUUCGAGAGUAAAGUUAAUAACAGCUGGACCAGGAUUUGGUAAAAGCGUUUUUGCCGCCAAAAUCUGUAAAGAUUUUGAGAAGAAUGGAAAACUGGCUGCUUGUCACUUUUGUGAUUUCAGUGAUUCAAACCUAAGAGAUCCUAUGGUGAUGCUACAGUCUCUCGCAAGUCAGAUGUGUGAGAAUGUCCCUGGUUUUAAAGAGAGGCUUCUUGAUCAGUUAAAGCGACCUUAUAAAGUUCAAAAUCUAAAAGAUGGCCUGCGAAUAUAUUUGCAAAAUCCCCUAGAUGAAUUGCAAAUAAAAGAGCCGCGUUUAAUCGUGAUCGAUGGCUUGGAUGAAAGUGCUGCAGAUAAUAAGAAUGAAAUUACGCAUUUGAUUGCUGAAUAUUUUCCUUAUCUUCCCGAGUACAUCAAAAUCUUGGUGACGAGCAGGCCAGAGAUUUCCGUUGCUGAUCUAAGACUAAGAGACGAUCAAAAGACAGACAUUUCCAAUGUUGAUGACAACAAUAACUUAGAUCUUGGACUUUAUUUUGAAAAAUGUUUUCCAACUUUAGUCGAAAGGCGAGUGGGUUGGAGUGGUAUAAGCGGUUUCUUAAAGGAUAAUUCAUAUCUUCUUGACAUUUCCGGAUAUGGAACUAAUAGUUUACUUUCCAUUUUUGUUGCCAAAUGCCAGGGCUCAUUUCUCUACGCAUAUCAAUUUCAAUCUGGGCUAAGAGCUCGCUAUGAUCUUGAAAAUAUAACAAAUAAUGAAGUUAUGGAGUUUCUCCCUGAAGGACUGAAUUCUAUUUACCAAGGAUAUUUUAAACGCCUUGAAGACGAGCUUAACGCCAUAAAACACGAAAAGUUCGAUGUGUUGAAUAUUUUGGCAAUGCUGGCUGCUUCCGAAGGACCUCUUCCCCUCACUUUCGUAGCUCAGGCUUUUGGUUUAGCUCCAGAUUGUCGCGAAACGAAAGACAUCAUCAACAAAAUUAAUGAAACCGUAUCGUGCUUGUUGUACGUUUCAGAUGACAUGUUAACCGUUUUUCAUAAAUCCGUUAUUGAUUGGCUUCUAGCAAAGGGCUACAAAGAUCACCAGUAUACUGUAAAGGUCGAUGAUGGACAUAGAUCGCUUUGGCUUUUAUGCGAAAAGGUUUUUAAAGAAAUUAAAGAUAAAGGUGUUCGCUCAGGACUUGAGGUGAAUUUUACUGAUGACGUAAAAUACGCUCUAAAUCAUGGUUUAAAACAUGGUUUAAAACAUCUUGAAAAGUGUAAAAUGGAGGAAGGUGUGUUUUGGUCAGUUGAUGCUAUUAUCGUCGCUUAUAUGUUAGCUAUAAACGAUCCUAACGAUUUGGUAAAUUUCUGGCGCACAUUACUGCAAUGUUCCUGGAUUAAAAACGAAGAUUUACGCGCCCGCAUUUCGUACCAUGUCAUUGAAUUUGACGAUUUGAACGAUAACAUUGACUACCAUUCAAUUAAAAAGACAAUAUUUUCACAAUGGUAUUUACAAGCGGUUCUUACACAUUCUCCAGAAGGUUAUUUCAGUGAUGAUGAGAAGAAAGUCGCGGAGACGCUACUAUCAAACCUUUCACGUUUUGUCGAGUCGAAUUCUUACGAUGUUUCGGUUUUGCCGCGACCAUUCUGGAAAUGCGAUGGAUAUGAUUUUAUUACUGCUGUUGCUUUAUCUAACGAUGAGAAAACUGUAGCAGUUGCAGCGGAAAAUGAUAUCUACGUGUUUUCCCUACCAACUUUAGUUGAAAUUAUGAGUUAUUCAACAAAAUGGGAAAUCAUUUCAUGCCUCACAUUUUCUCCAGACGAUUCGCUCAUAUUAUUUGGUGAACUGGAAACGGCAUUUAACAUUGCUGGAAGAAAGGAAGUUCCAUUUUUCCCUGGAAAUGAAGAGGUGUUCCUGUACUGUGCAUUUUCCCCUAACGGCAAAAGACUGGUGACUAGUCACGGUUUAGACACCAUUAAACUAUGGGACGUUGCUAAACAAACGCUGCUGUCGUCGCUUUGUGCUGGAUUUCCUGUUGUUUCUGGGGUUGGUUUUUCUGAAGGAUUUGUCAGCUUGGGUCUCGAAAGGAAUGAACCCGUGAAAGUUCUUGAUGUCAGAGAUGUUGACGGUCUUGUAAUGAUCAAUUUACCUGGAAUUGAGCCUGAGAUGGAAGUGGAAAUCCCGCCUGGUGGUGCCUUUAUUUCUGGUUGUAAUAAGAAUAAAUGUUAUAUUUGGAAAAGGAAUACUGAGAAACCAAAUUCAUAUGAAGUCUUUUAUCACCGUGACGCUGGAAGGUCUACCAGAUUUUCUUAUGUCGUAAUUUUCAGUAAUGAUUCCAAAGUCGCAAUAGUUAUGCAUUUGAGUUCUAAUGAGAGUCAGAUAAUUGAUCUGGACACUGGUGAUUCUCAAAAUAUAACUCCUGCAUUUCAGCCCAUUCCUCAUUUGAGCCGGUCAUUUUGUAUUCACAAGAGUAGAAUUGUGUUAACUUUAUCUGAUUACCUGAUAGCAUUUCAUGACAUGGACUCUGGCGCGAUUCUCAGCACUUCCUAUCAACGAUACAUGGAGACUUUAAGUCCAAGCCAAACAAUUCAACUUUCCCCAAAAGAGGACGUGCUGGCUUUUCCUGACAACAAAGUUACAGUCAUGUUGGUGGUGAUAAUUCUAAUCUAUGAUGGUGGUGAUGGUGGUGGUUUCUACGAUGGUGCUGAUGGUAAUUGUGCUGGUUAUGAAAAUGAUGGUAGAAAUGGACCUUUUGCAUAA